AUGUCUUCUCUUACUUUAAUUUCUGUGGCCUGCGGUGUAUCUGUCUAUUCCUUUAUAUCUACCUUGAAGGAUUUAAGUUCUGUGCUUCUAGUUGACUUUGAGUGCGAAUAUAACUUUGACUCUUUGGGGAUUGAAGUUAUCCAUGAGUUCAAUGCUUCUACCUCUAUUAAAGAUAAGCGCAUUAUAAUAAUCAAUAGGAUUGACUCUUUUGUGAAUUCGCCAGCAGAGCUGCAAGUUAGAAUGAACAUGAUGUACAAGGCUGUUUACAGCGGGGCAAAGGUGUACACAACACUGCUUAAGACAAAGUACAACAGAUACACAGUAUAUAUUGAUAGAAUGAUAGAAGACAUGAUAGAAUAUAUUCCAGAAAAUAGCACAAGCACAGCAUAA